AUAAAUAUGAAUGGAGGCUGUCCAUAUUUGUAGGAGAAUAAUAAUAAGGCCAGGUGCUCAAAAAAAGGACUAUGGUAUGACAUUCAACUUACCCCCAGUUGCCGCGCUGCCCAUUACAAGACCCUAUAAACAUAACACUACCUUAGCAAAACACGAAGACGCCAAUCUCCACAAAAUGGAAAAAGCGCCUAAAUUUAAGCUAAUUCUGGGUUCAUCUUCCAUAUCUCGUCAAGCAAUUUUAGCUGAUAUGGGCUAUGAAUUCACAACCAUGUCUGCAGAUAUAGAUGAGAAAGGAAUCCGGAAAGAAAAGCCGGAAGAUUUAGUCAUGGCUCUGGCUGAGGCAAAGGCAGAUGCCAUUAUAUCAAAACUUCAAAAUGGUGAACUUCAAAAGUGUUAUACCACCCCAACACUUCUAAUUGCAGCUGAUACAGUGGUGGUCUAUGAAGGUAUAGUGAGGGAGAAACCAUCCUGCAAAGAAGAAGCAAGGCAGUUCAUGAAAGAUUACUCAGACAGGAAUGCUUCAACCGUGACCUCUGUUUUUGUCUCAAACUUGAAAACUGGAGUUAGAAGAGGAGAAUGGGACAGAGUAGAGAUUUUUUUUCACGAAAUACCAGAAGAAGCAAUUGAUAAUCUGAUUGAUGAAGGAAGAGUGCUUAGUGUAGCUGGCGGCCUCAUAAUCGAGCAUCCCUUGGUAUCGCCUUGUGUAAAAGAAGUGGUUGGAACAACUGAUAGUGUUAUGGGACUACCAAAAGCUCUUACUGAGAAACUGAUGAAUGAGGUUCUCUAGAUAGACUUGAAUUUGUUCACCCUAGCCCGAUCAAUCAAUCAAAUUCUUGAUCAAGUGUGACGCCAAUUUCAUCUUUUUAUAUUCUUAGUACUUAGUAGAAGUGUAGAACAUGUUUUUUAAUAUAAAACUCUAUGUUGAACGUUUAUGUUCAAUGAACCAUCAGAUAUCACCAUUGUUCAUUGAUGUGCUGCACUGCACGUCUGCACGUACCCAUUUUUUAGUAUCAAAAGCAAACUUGGAAAGUAUGCUAGCCAGCCAAUUUAAUUUAUAAUAUUGAUUGUCUUGGCAAAUGUAUCACUUAAAGAAGAAUAAACACUGAAUAAGUGAAGCUCAAC